AUGGCGCGCAAGGGUUUAAUGGAGCAGGAUCUCAAGACGCUGGAUGUGACGAAGCUCAAUCCGCUGUCUCCUGAAGUCAUCAGUCGACAAGCCACCAUCAACAUCGGUACAAUCGGCCAUGUGGCUCACGGCAAAUCGACUGUCGUUAAGGCCAUUUCUGGCGUCCAGACGGUGCGGUUCAAGAACGAGUUGGAGCGAAACAUCACGAUCAAGCUGGGAUACGCCAACGCCAAGAUCUACAAAUGCGAGGACGACGCCUGCCCUCGCCCCAUGUGCUACAAGGCGUACGGCAGCAGCAAGGAGGACAGCCCGCUAUGCGACGUGCCGGGAUUUGAAAAGGCCCGCAUGAAGCUGAUGCGCCACGUGUCAUUCGUCGAUUGCCCGGGCCACGACAUUCUGAUGGCGACGAUGCUGAACGGCGCGGCGAUCAUGGACGGCGCGCUGCUGCUGAUCGCGGGCAACGAGAGCUGCCCGCAGCCGCAGACGUCGGAGCAUCUGGCGGCGGUGGAGAUCAUGCGGCUGAAGCACAUCAUCAUCCUGCAGAACAAGAUCGACCUCAUCCAGGAGAGCGUCGCGCUCAACCAGCACGACGCCAUCCAAAAAUUCAUCCAGGGCACCAUUGCGGACGGCGCGCCGGUGAUCCCCAUCAGCGCGCAGCUCAAGUACAACGUGGACGUGGUGUGCGAGAUGAUCAUCAAGCGCAUCCCCAUCCCCGACCGCGACUUUGUGUCGCCGCCCAACAUGAUUGUCAUCCGCUCCUUCGACGUCAACAAGCCCGGCGCUGAGGUCGAUGACAUCAAAGGCGGCGUUGCUGGUGGCAGUAUCCUGCACGGAGUGCUGCGCGUGGGGCAGAAGAUAGAGGUGCGGCCGGGCAUCGUAGCCAAGGACGCGGACGGCAACAUCCGCUGCACGCCCAUCUUCUCGCGCAUCAUCUCGCUCUUCGCCGAGCAGAACGAGCUGCAGUUCGCCGUGCCGGGGGGGCUCAUCGGUGUGGGCACCACCAUCGACCCCACGCUUACUCGUGCGGAUCGCCUCGUGGGGCAGGUGCUGGGGGAGGUUGGGGCCCUCCCAGACGUCUUUGUUGAGCUGGAGAUAAACUUCUUCCUGUUGCGGCGGCUGCUGGGAGUGCGCACCAAGGGCACGGAGAAGCAGGGCAAGGUAGCCAAGCUCACCAAGGGAGAGGUGCUGAUGCUCAACAUUGGGUCCAUGUCUACGGGUGCGCGCGUAGUGGCGGUAAAGAACGAUCUGGCCAAGCUGCACCUCACCUCCCCCGUGUGCACCAAGACUGGCGAGAAGCUCGCUCUGAGCCGGCGCGUGGAGAAGCACUGGCGGCUGAUUGGGUGGGGGCAGAUCCAGGCGGGGGUUAAGCUCGAUGUGCCUCCGCCUGUUGACUUGCCCAAGUAG